CCCUUCCUUAAAGAAAAAGUAAAUGAAAAAAUGAAUUAUCAUCAUGAAGUGCUAGAUAUCCAGAUCUAGAUCUACGACAGCCGUCCGUGACUAUGGUUCACCAUUUGUUUCUUUGCUCGAAUGCUCUAAAAAAAAACGACGAGGUAGGGGUAGACCCAUGGCAUCAACUAUAUACUUUGCAUCUUUGAUAAGAAUUCAUCAAGUCGAACAAAAAAACCCAACAUGAAAUGGAUUUUCUACGAAUUCAAUUUCAUUUCAAACCGGAUGUCUCUCGAUGGAACUUCAUGAAAGAUUUAUUGAAGAGAAACAAUGUCAACACAAGAGCAAGAGUUGCACAUCACUGUGCGAGCAAAUGACCAAGAAAAAGUGGAGACGCUCCUAGCCUCUGGGGUAUCAAUCAAUUGUUUGUUCUAUGGAUGGACUCCCUUCCAGCUUGCUAUUGAAAAUCAUUUAGAGAAUAUGGCAGUAUAUCUGAUUGAAAAAGGCUGUGAUUUCCUCUUCCAUGACAAACACAACAAUACUCCAUUUGAAGCAGCUGUGAAAAACAACCUGUGGAAGGUUGUUGCAGCGUUGCUUGACGAAGGUGUGGACGGGAAUCAGGUCUUGUCAACUGGAGACUCUGCUCUCUGUUUUGCUGUGGAGCUUGGAUCUUUUGAUCUGGUCAAUGUCUUUCUUAAAGGUAGUGUCAAUCCAGAUGGUGUCAAUAAAAGGAAGGAAUCUGCACUGUACAUUGCAUGUCAAGAGGGAGAGACAGCAAUUGCCAAAGCUUUGAUUCAGUCAGGUGCAAAUGUCAACUGUGUUCAUGAAGAGAACAGCAAAUUUACCCCACUCAUCACAGCAGUGGCUGGGGACCAUGAAGAUAUUGUCAAAAUUCUUGUACAGGCUAAGUGUGACCUUGACCUUCAGGACUCAGAUGGAUGGACAGCCCUAUGGCAUGCAUUCGGCAACAGCAAUGAAGAUAUCUGCACUAUUCUACUCAAGGCUGGGGCCAGCAUGGGCGUCACCAAUAGUGACGGGAAAACUGUGGUGCAGGAAGCUAACGAAAAUGAAGAUGAUGAAUUCAUAGAACUCUUCAGUAAAUUCAAAGUUCAAUAAUAAUAAUAAUAUUUUAAUUAGAUUUUAAAGAAUAAAGUAAAGCUCCUGUUUUUAAAAUGCUUGAUCCAGGGUCACCAUGGAGGUCAAGGUGUGGAUGCAGCUUGUCUUACAGUAAUUGACUUAAUGUGAAAAGACAUAGACCUGGGGGGUAAAUACUUUAUUUUAUGCUUUAAAAAAAUUAUGAUUCAUUUUAUUCCUUCUAGAUCUACUUUAUUAAAUUUUAAAAGUUCUAUGGAUGAAAUUUUCAUCAAGAUUUUAUGUUAUAUAUAUAUGACUAAUGCCGUGUAAAGUGCAAACCCUUAUUUUUGUGUGUAUCCCUCGAUUUAUCUGCAGCAAUGCUUGUCUUUUUUAGGUGUAAAAAGAAUAAUAAUAAUGAUAAUGAUAACAAAAAUAGUUUGUCUGUCAAUAUCUGAAAGUGACAAUUGCUUCUGCAGAGGAGAAAUAUAUACCUCCAGAGAAA